CGCAGCCCGGGCACUGGAUUAUACCCGGCGGCAGCACCGGGCUCUCGCAGCAGCUCUCGUUUGGCCGCGGAGGGAGGGGACGAGGUGCAUCGCUGCUUUUGUCUGAAAGCGUUCUGGUGAAAACUCGGCGCGUUCGAGUUCAUUCAGCUACGACAUAAAAUUCACUGCACUGGCCACAGAAAUGAUAAAAAACUGGAUCAUGUUUUUGUUCUUCUUGUCGGUUACUAUGUUUUUGGCCACUGCUGUACCAUCUGAGGGGCAUCAGAACAUCACAGAGGACUCCUCACAACUGAGUGUCACACGGAAUAAAAUCAUGACAGCACAGUAUGAAUGCUACCAGAAAAUUAUGCAAGAUCCUAUUCACAGGAAAGAAGGUCCCUACUGUAACAGGACAUGGGAUGGCUGGUUGUGCUGGAGUGAUGUUGCUGCUGGAACUGUGUCAGUGCAGCGCUGUCCUGACUACUUUCAGGAUUUCAACCCAUCAGAAAAAGUUACGAAGAUCUGUGAUCCAAAUGGGAAUUGGUUUAGACACCCCGAAAGCAACAGGACGUGGACAAACUAUACCCAGUGUAACAGCUACACACACGAAAAAGUGAAGACGGCUCUGAACUUGUAUUACUUGGCCAUCAUUGGACACGGUCUCUCCAUUGCAUCACUUCUGAUUUCUCUUGGCAUAUUCUUUUACUUUAAGAGCUUGAGUUGCCAAAGGAUUACCCUGCACAAAAAUCUGUUUUUCUCCUUUGUUUGCAACUCUGUUGUAACAAUAAUUUCGCUGACGGCGGUUGCCAACAACCAGGAGUUGGUUGCCACGAAUCCAAUUAGUUGCAAAGUGUCACAGUUCAUCUACCUGUACCUGAUGGGUUGCAACUACUUUUGGAUGCUGUGUGAAGGCAUUUACCUGCACACUCUUAUCGUGGUGGCUGUUUUUGCUGAGAAACAGCACUUGAUGUGGUAUUACCUUCUUGGCUGGGGUUUCCCAUUGAUCCCUGCCUGCAUACAUGCUGUUGCUAGAACAUUAUAUUAUAAUGACAAUUGUUGGAUCAGCUCUGAUACUCAUCUGCUGUACAUCAUCCACGGCCCUAUUUGUGCUGCUCUGCUGGUAAACCUUUUCUUCCUGCUAAACAUCGUUCGUGUCCUCAUCACCAAGCUCAAAGACACCCACAAGGCCGAAUCCAACCUGUACAUGAAAGCAGUGAGAGCCACCCUGAUUCUUGUUCCGCUCCUUGGCAUCGAAUUUGUGCUGUUUCCAUGGCGACCAGAGGGCCGGAUCGCCGAGGAGGUGUAUGACUACGUGAUGCACAUCCUCAUGCACUACCAGGGUCUACUGGUGGCUACGAUUUUCUGCUUCUUUAAUGGCGAGGUCCAGGCCGUUUUGCGGAGACACUGGAACCAGUACAAAAUCCAGUUCGAGCACAGCUUCAGCCACUCGGACGCCAUGCGCACGGCGUCCUACACCGUGUCCACCAUCAGCGACGUGCCGGGCUACAGCUACAACCACGACUGCACCAGCGAGCACCUCAACGGGAAGGGCUACCAUGACAUGGAGAGCGUGGUUUUAAAGACUGAGAAGCUCUACGGCUGAACUGCCGAGGCCCGGCCCAUGCCAGCCCUCCUGAACUCCCAGUCGGAUCGAGUGACUUCAUGGCCAGAAGAUUUUUUACCUAACUCGGGAUGAUGUUCUUUCCCCGAACGAUGCAAACUAAACAGGCGCGUUUUUCGUACGUAUGUAUACAUAUAUAUAUAUUUAUAUAUGCAUAUAUACGUUUGUUUGUGUUUCUGUGUAUCGAGUAUGGACAUCUGUACAUAUAUAUCUAUAUAUGUAUGUGCAUUUAUAUAAGGUUACAAACUUUGCCUCUUCAGUUUCUACUGUGUAGACAAAGUCGGCAAUUUUUUUGUACAAAGGGAAUCAAUGAAGGAUUUCUUAUUUUCUUGGGAGUUUGUUGUAAGACUGUGCUGUGUUGAAGCCACUUCAUUUGCCUAUAGAAUCUUAUACCAGACUCUAUUGUCUUAAUUCAGCAUAAAAUAGGACAAAACAAAAUGGUUAAAGUAGGUGCAAUAAUAACAAUAGGUUAUCCAGGUUAUUUUUUGUGUCCAGCAUUUAUCUGGCUGUCAAAAAAAGCCCAACAGGUAGUCUGAGGAAACAGAUAUUGCUGGUUUGGUUAAAGAUAUUGACAGUUUGGUUUGGCCAGUUUGGGUUUUUUCCCACUAUUUUACAUCAAGCAUAGGGACACCAGUUCAAGGCUGAGUCUCUACGUGCUGCAAGGUAAUAUCUUGCAGCAAGCUUUGAGCAAUUUUAUUUAAGCUAUUUUGGCACAUUCAGAGACGCCUCCUUCUCCUGAAGCGUAUGGAAGUUUCUUCCUGGCUUUAAAACAGACAAGAUUGAUGAGGCCUCACUGCCAGAAAGAAAAGGAGUAAUCUGAAUAACUGCAAACCCUUCCAGACACUAACACGUAAUUGCAGCUGAUGGAACUUCACUGUGUGCUGAAGGAAUUCACUCAACCCGGAGAAGAUCGUGUACAGGAUUUGUUGUAGCAUUGUUCUCAUUUUAUUUUUAAGUAUUUCCCUGGCCAUAUGCUUGGUAAUUUAUUCCUUCAUUCUUGGGCAAGGUUUUGAUUAAUGUUGUGGCUUUUUUUGUUGUCUCAGAGAAUCAUGCAAGACUGAACACAGUGCACAUGACAUACUACCUUUAAAGCCAGUGUGUGAGGUUCAGACUAAUCAAGCAAACUACUGUUAGUAAUUGUCAUUAUUUGGAAAAUCCAAUAUAAAGUUUCUUUUAUAAAGAGUCCAAACAUUGUGGAUUGAGACUUUUAAUAAUAUUUUGGACCGCUUGCUUCUGAAUCUGCCUCAGUUACUCAGCUUAGAACAGUACUUUAUAUGUUGUUUCUUUGGUUCUACUGGUGCAUAAAGGUCUCACUGAAACCGAGGAGGUUGUCAGGAAGGUCUUGAGGAAAUGUGUCUUUAUAGAAAUCUAUGUUUUUGUUAAAUCUUUAUGCUUUAAAGCAGUCGUAGUUUUGUGAAGUGAAAUGACAAAAAUGCUCUCAAGAAUGAGGGCGUGAAAUGAGGUGAGUUCAGAAAAGUCCUACUGAAAAUUAAAACUGUAAGAAAAAAUUUUAUACGUUUAAUUUGCAGAUAAGUAUACUUGAAGUGGGGAAAAAACAAAAUGAAGUGGAAGAAAAAGUAGAUGCUGGAACAGACAGACUAUUAUGCUAAUUAAUGUAUAUCUGGUGCAUGUAAACCAGUCCAAAAAUCGAAAGACAGUUCUUUCUGAGACCAUUUCAGUUUUAAAUACUUAAUUUUGUGUAUGAACACCUUGACUCUAACAUUUAAACAUUUUUGUCAGUAGCUUUUCUGUAAGCUUCACUAGCAUCUAGGUAACUUGAUGUCACAGUGUUUAUUAGUUUGUGACUUCAUAAGGCUUUAAAUAUUUUGUAUUUAGAAGGAAAACAUUAGGAGGAUGUGGGAAGUUCACGCCACUUGCACCUUUCCAUAUUGUUUUUACAGUUCUUACGUCUGGAGUUUGAAUUUAGAAAGUGUUUUAUUAAUGAUUUAUUUUCACAAUAUAGAAUCUCGGCUAGGACGCACAAAUCCCUUCUCUCCUUCUGCAAGGCUGCCUGGUUGGCUGGUGGGAUUUGGAAAAUCUGUUGGAUUCUGUACUGUAGAGCGGCGUGAAAUCUGGCAACCAGAUGUCACAGACUCUAAAACUGUGAGAAUACAGUAAGGAUGUACAUGAUUAGAGGCCACUUACAACUCUGCUUGCUGAUCUAUGUAGUGUUACUUAAAAUUGGUGCAAUGUUCUGAAAAUAUCAGAAGUGCAGAAAAUCCCUGCUCUGGCACAGCAGCUUUACACUUGUGGGACCAGAUCAUCAACUGGUACAAAUCUGUCUUGAGUUCCAUUUGCAGAACCAACUGGUACCAGCUGAGAAUCAAAGCCCAGGCAGGUAUCUGUCCAUUUUAAAGUACUUUAAAUCCCUGAUGGCUUAUUAUUAGACAAUUAUUUCAUGGUACCUGGUGGGUUGUUGUCAUUAAAACAUAAGUGAUGGUUUGGAGUGUGACACGGUAUUAGACUUUAAUUUAGCUUCUCAGCUAGGCAGUUAAAAUUUCGUAGCUUAUAGAUUUUUACCAUUUAAUGCCAAAUAAAUACUAACUGCUGUUUGCUCUCUGUCCUCUAUUAGAGAAACCUGUAAUGGUAAUUUAGGGGAAAAAAAAUUGUUUUUUCAACAGAAAUUAUCCUCCUUGUAGGUGGACACUCGCAGCACGCUUCUAGGCACACAUCUGUCUUCACUUUGGAAAAGAAACAUACAUCCAGCUGGAUGUGCAAGAAAAUGUUUGUGGCUGUGGAGAGCUCUCUUUCCCCUCUCUUUAUGAAGUUAGAUACCCUAUUUUCUAAUUUGCAUUGGAAAAUACCAAUUCCUUAUUUUGUCUUCCUACCUCACCUUUUUCUCUUUCUACAUAACUGAGAGAAGCAUCUGCUUCUUAAUAUGUUUUCCUGUCGCCAUAAAUUAAAAUCAAAUCCUUAUGCUGAUUUCUCAUGGCUGAUCUUCUACUUUGCAGAAGGCUGUAGGUCUUUAUCUGUAUUCUCUGGGAUGGAAGUAAAAGGUUUUGGUGGGCCUGUGAGAUUCCUUUGAACAUGCAAAUAGUUACCUGUUAUUAUUUGCUCUUUCUUUUUUUUCCUUUUUUAAUUUAGUGGGGAUUUAUUGUAUCAAUCUCCAGGGGCUACAGAAAUAGUUGUCUUAUGUUUGUUAUCUGUAACACCAGCAUGUUAGAAUUCUAUGGGAGAAAAUGUCUAUUUUUUAUGCUACUGUCUUCAAUUAAUAAAAUGCUCCACUGCAGGAUCCCCUCAGUUGUUUGUUUAAUGGUAGCAUUUAUGCUGUGUAGUUUUUCGUGGUGAUGAUCUGCUCGACUAUUUGGCUGUAGAAAUGCUGCAACACGUACUCCUUUUCAUGUCAAGAAACAUUUGGGCUGGAAACCAGACACCACUCACAUAUUGUACUAUGUAAAUAAGAUUAUUAGAAGCUAUAGCAUUGUAUUUAUUGCUUACACUAAGAAUGAAAUGGAAAAAAAUGUGAAGUUAUUUUUUUUUGGUUGUGCUUUAUUUUCACCUUGUUCAUAUGACUCAUCAUGCAUUUUAAUUGCUGAAAGAAGUAUUGUUUGAGAUCAAUAAAAUAUUACUCCAAUUA